AUGUCAUUUCUGAAACACGAGGGAAAGUCCAUGUCUGAUGUCAAAGGUUUGAUAAAUCCCUCGCCUCUUGACGCAAAUACUGCUCUGGUCAAUGCCAUUAGUGCUCUAGUGGAGAAAUGUAAUGCCGCACCUGCUGACACUCAGAGUUACAGGAAGCUACGCAUGUUCUCUGGUGUGAAGCCCACUCCCAGUGGAGAAGAAGAGUACGAUGCAUGGGCAGAACAGACAGUGCACUUACUUGAAGAGUGGCAAUGCAGUGACAGUGUGAAGAAGCAAAGGAUUGUGGAAAGCUUAAAGGGCCCUGCUGCUGACAUACUGAGGUUCCUGAAAGUGCAAAACCCCAUCGCUACAGCCCAUGACUACAUGAGAGCUUUGGAAACUGCUUUUGGCACCACUGAAAGUUCAGCUGACCUCCUAGUUAAGUUUCGACACACAUUUCAAUGGGAAGGUGAGAAUUUGUCUGCUUACUUGUUGAGACUGGAUAAACUGCUACACUGUGUGUUCAGGAAAGGUGGAGUGCCGCUAGCUGAAAUGAACAAACUUCGUAUUGAACAAACUGUGAGAGGUGCACUGCCGCAUGACAUGGUCGCCCUUCGUAUUCGCAUGACACAUAAAUUGCGUGAACCGCCUACCUUCAACGACCUAUUGAAAGAGGUAAGGGAGGAAGAGGACAUGCUCCAAAGCCGGAACGAUGUUAAGAGCGCAGUGGCUUCUAAUACCGUUUAUCCUGUUUUCAAGCCUGUUCCUGAGACCAGCGAUGAUCCUGAAUUGGAAAAGUUGAGAAAAGACAUCAGUGUAAUGAAAGCUGAAAUGAUCAAUCUGAGAGCUGCAACCGUAUCUCCACAGCUGGAUGUUCAGAACUCACAGCCUGAAUUCCAAACUAAAGUCGGAUAUCGGAGGAACGAUACCUCACAGAAAACUGCCAAUGCUGGAGACAGGCCUGUACUCUUCUGCUACAGAUGUGGAGAGGAUGGACAUUUUAAGAGGGAGUGCAGAGGUGAAGAAAACCUGAAGAGAGUCAAGAAGCGCUCAUUAAACAGACAAAGUCGGGAAACUACCGCGGGAACCAGUAAAGGAACAGCCUGGUAUCCUGGUGGUGAAAACACGUUCCACCAAGUGCAUUACAUUGGACGGAAAGGGGAAGAACGCUAUACCUGA